UACAACGCAAAUAAAAUAAAAAUACUGACACGAAAAUCACUUUAUUGUUUCGCUAGAUUGUCACCUUACACUUUGAGUGCAAACACACGCAAAAUGAGUGACAGCGAGGAGAAUGACAGCCAAAGCGAGCACAACAAAAACGGGCUGCCCACAAAGCCGUCGACGUCGAAGUCGAAGUCGACGUCAACAGCAACAGAACCAGAAACUGAUUCCGACAGCCAAAGCGAUGAAGACAAUGGCACAAUGGAUAUGAUUCGUCGGUUUUUCUCACAGACAUUCAAUUUGGCAUCAGGCACCCUUGCAGACAACGAAGGCAUAACUGUGGAUAAGGUAAUACCGGAACUGACCUUUGAGGGUCUCUCGUCACACUGGCGCGAACAUGGGUUCAAGAACAUUGUGACUAUGGUGGGUGCUGGCAUCUCCACGUCUGCUGGUAUUCCGGACUUUCGCUCGCCUGGCUCUGGUUUGUACAACAACCUAAAGAAGUACAAGUUGCCGCACCCAACAGCUAUAUUUGAUGUGGACUACUUCCAAAAGAAUCCAACUCCAUUCUUUGCACUGGCCAAGGAACUCUAUCCAGGCUCGUUUGAGCCAACUCCGGCGCAUUACUUUGUGCGCCUGUUGCACGAGAAGGGUCUGCUCCAGCGACACUAUACGCAGAACAUCGAUACACUGGACCGCUUGGCUGGUUUGCCCGAGAACAAAAUUAUUGAGGCCCAUGGCAGCUUCUAUACAAACCAUUGUCUAAAAUGCAAGCAUGAAUACGAUAUGGCUUGGAUGAAGAGAAAGAUAUUCGCGGAUGAGCUACCCAGCUGUGAGGAGUGUGAUGGGCUUGUAAAGCCAGACAUAGUAUUUUUCGGCGAAAACUUGCCUGCUAAAUUCUACAACAGCCCCGAGGAGGAUUUCAAGGAGUGCGAUUUGCUUAUCAUCAUGGGCACUUCGCUAGAGGUGCAGCCCUUUGCUUCGCUCAUCCAUCGCGCUGGGCCGCGUUGCAUUCGCUUGUUGAUCAAUCGCGAUGCUGUUGGACGCGCUAGCUUUGCGCCCUGGAUGGAUCCCAGCGGAAAAGCGCUGCUCUAUGGCAAGCCUAAGAAUACGCGUGAUGUGGCUUUUCUCGGCGACUGCGAUGCUGGUGUCUGGGAAUUAGCCGAAGCACUUGGUUGGGAAGAGGAACUGCAGCAGCUGAUCAGCAUUGGACAAAAGGAAAUGGAGGAGGAGGACAACAAAACUGGCUCGGAUGAGGAUAAGCCACAGACUUCGGUAAAGGAUAGUGCCAAAAACUAGACAGCGUAAUGAGGCUAAAUUCAACUAGUUUAACGAUUUCAUUACAUUAGAUAUGGCAGAUGUUAAGUGUUAAAUAGGAAACUUGUUUUGAGUGCAAUAUUGUGUAUGUAUAUAAUUGCAUAACUAGUGUGUGGCGAAUGGAAAAGAAUGGAAUACAUAUUAAGCAUAUUUAAAUAUAUAUUUAUGCGUGUUUAUCAACUGAAACUGAA